CGGUCUUUCUGAGGUAUAAAAGAUGAUGGCAUAUGUUCAUGGGCUAUCUAGUAAAAUGUAUACUCAUAAGUCCACGAGCCCUCAACAGCUGGUUGAGAGAAGCAGCACAAAUUGCCGACAGUGUUCACACGCACAUAAGACCUACCGGAGUUGAAAUUGCUGUAGUCGACUCGAAUGAAACGUAAACUACCUUUAUGAAUCGGCUGGCGGCCACCAUCGAGUGUGGCAAGUAUAUAUGCUGCCGCCAGCUAUCGUGUCCCAGCGUAGAACGUUGGUGCUGUGGCAGUAUUCGUCGCUACACGCGCCUGGAGUCUGAUGACGAGGAAAGGUUCUCAUCGGCUAUGCAGUACUCCGCCAACUGUCAAGCUCUUCAAUCUCGAAUCGGCAUCGUGGGCGCUGUUGCAACGAUCAUAGUGACACAGUGAUGUUGUGUGCGCCGGCGGCGGAUGGUCGAG